CGCUUUCCCUUUGUCCAGGGGCCAUAUAUCCACCGCGCUGUCCGCGGUCCACACACCCCAUGCCUUGCCUCCUCCUCCUGCCUGCCUGCCUGCCUUUCCCUCGCCGCUCGCGGCAAGAUCCACAUGCAGUAGUAGGAGUAGGAGCAGCAAGCAACAAGGGAGGGAGGGAGCGAGGUCUUGGGCUCUCUCUUGUUAGUUCCUGCGUGCUUGCCCUGCCCUGGAUCGGCUUUCAAAUCGGGAACAACGACAGAUCCGAGGCUUUCUCGAAUCGGGCAGGUCCAUCAAAUCGCAAGUUUAGCCAGCCCCAGCCCCAGCCCCAGCCCCAGGCACAGCCAGCUAGCCGUCAAAUCACUCACACUCAUCAAAUCAAAGGGGACCAAAAGGAUAUCUCCUGGCUCCUGCCCCUCUCCCCUCUCCUAGCUACUCGUCGUAUAAAAUUCCCCUUUCGACUCUCCCCCCUCCCCACACACACCUGACUCUCCUCCAUCCCCUCCUCCGAUCUCUCACCACGCUCCUCUUCUGCUACCUUGCUUUCCCUGCUGCGAUCCGUUCCUUGCCCUAUUAGUAUUAGCUAGCCGGCCGGCCGGAUCGAUCGAGCAAGGAGGGGCGCCCCAGCAGUCCUCGUCGGAUCGAUCCAUCUCGUCGACAGCGUCAGCGCCUCAGGUGGAUCGGAGCGGAGGUGGUGGACCGGAGCUAGUAGCUGCCAGCCACACAUUUCGGUCGUCGGAACCACAUAUCAUGAUGUCGUCCUCGUCCUCGUCCUCGUCGUCGGCCGCCUGCUGCUUCCCGCUGGACCACCUCGCGCCGUCCCCCACCGAGCAGCUCUGCUACGUGCACUGCAACUGCUGCGACACCAUCCUCGCCGUCGGCGUGCCUUGCAGCAGCCUGUUCAAGACGGUGACGGUGCGUUGUGGCCACUGCGCCAACCUACUCUCCGUCAACCUCCGCGGCCUCCUGCUCCCGCCCGCCGCGCCGGCGCCGCCCAACCAUCUCAACUUCGCUCACUCCUUGCUGUCACCCACAUCCCCGCAUGGCCUCUUGGACGAGUUGGCUCUCCAGCAGGCGCCGAGCUUCCUGAUGGAGCAGGCGAGUGCCAACCUGAGCAGCACCAUGACGGGCCGCAGCAGCAACAGCAGCUGCGCCAGCAACCUGCCGCCGCCGGCGCCGAUGCCUGCAGCUCAGCCUGUGCAGCAGGAAGCCGAACUGCCCAAGACCGCCCCGUCGGUAAACAGGCCUCCGGAGAAGCGGCAGAGAGUCCCGUCGGCAUACAACCGGUUCAUCAAGGACGAGAUCCAGCGCAUCAAGGCCGGCAACCCGGACAUCACCCACCGGGAGGCGUUCAGCGCAGCCGCAAAGAAUUGGGCCCAUUUCCCACACAUCCACUUCGGCCUCAUGCCGGACCAGGGCCUCAAGAAGACCUUCAAGACUCAGGAUGGCGCUGAAGACAUGCUACUCAAAGACGAUCUCUACGCCGCAGCGGCUGCAGCUGCAGCAGCCAACAUGGGCAUCACUCCAUUCUAAUAACUCUGGUUAGGCAUGUGUUCUGAAUCAGCUGGCACGUCGUAGUGGCUAUCGCCCUUUGUGCUGCAUUCUAGGGUUUCGUCUCAGAUCUUGAUCUCAACAUCGAUCGUGUGUCGUUUAAUUAGAGUACUUUCCAGUGUGGGGAUAGAAAUGGAGAAUAAUCAAGUUAGAGCGCGCAUCAAGUAGGCCACUGAUGAUCCGUAGGUACAGACUUGAUUGUCUCCUCUAUAUAUCCCUUUUCAUUUCAUGUUCUCUCUCUUUUUCCUAUUUUUUGUUCCUGGACCCCUUCAACUCGCCAGUAGAGAGCUCGUUGUGCCUCUCCAAUCCCAUGUUUGCGUAUGUCUGCUCAACAACAUGUUUUUACCAUGGAGAACAAGUUGAACAUCUGUUAGAUCUAUCAAGAGUGUCAUAUAUAUGUUCCAUCGUCCUUUACCAUGUA